CAAAGUCCAGUGUUGGCACAGAGGCGUCUGCAAACAAGGCUCCUUUAUUCCCGGCUCUGCCGCCGCCCUGCACACGCACUGCAGCCGCAGCGAGGACCGGGGCUCCAGGACACACAGCGCUGCUUCCAGCAGGAGAACAUGUUGGGCAGGUCGGUGAUCAGCGGGCUGACGGUGCUCCGCCAGCGGCAGCGGCAGCGGGGGCUGCCGGCGGCCGCGGCGGGGCUGCGACACGCAGCCUCCGCCUCCAGCACCGCCGUGGUGGCCGACAGCAAGCAGAAGACCAUGGACGACCUGGGGGGACCCACUUUCAUGACCAGCUUAUACUGGCUGUUUGUCAAGGGAUACUUUCAGACCACGCAACAAAUGCAAAUCGAGCACAAGAAGAUCUACGGCCCCCUCUGGAGGUCUAAAUACGGCCCCAUGGUGGUGGUGAACGUGGCCAACGCUGAGCUCAUAGAGCAGGUUCUGCGGCAGGAGGGCAGACACCCGAUCCGGACAGACAUGCCGCACUGGCGCGGCUACAGGGAGCUCAGGAACAAGGCCCACGGACCCCUGACGGCGAUGGGGGCGAAGUGGCAGCACAUCCGCAGCAUCCUGAACCCUCGCAUGCUGAAGCCCAAGCACGUGUCCUCCUACUCCAACACCAUCAACGAGGUGGUGACGGACUUCAUCCACAGAGUGGACUGGAUCAGGGACAGCACCGGGCAGGGAGUCAUAGUCCACGACGUCACAGGAGAACUCUACAAGUUUGCUUUUGAAGGUAUCUGCUCGGUGCUGUUUGAGACCCGCAUGGGCUGCAUGAACGACGUGGUGCCGGAGGAAACCCAGAAGUUCAUCUUCUCCGUGGGGGAGAUGUUCCGGCUGUCUCCCAUCAUCGUCCUCUUCCCCCAGUUCCUCUGGCCCUACCUGCCGUUCUGGAAGCAGUUUGUAGCCACCUGGGACCACCUCUUCAAAGUCGCGGAGAGGCUGGUGAAGAAGAAAAUGGAGGAGAUCGAGCAGAAGGUGGACCUGGACAAGAACGUGGAGGGAGCGUACCUCACUCACCUGCUGCUCAGUGAGAAGAUGACGGUGACGGAGAUCCUGGGCAGCAUCACGGAGCUGCUGCUGGCAGGAGUGGACACGACCUCCAACACCAUCUCCUGGGCUCUGUACAACCUGGCCAAGGAGCCAGAGAUCCAGCAGCAGUUGUACCAGGAAGUGAUCAGUGUUUGUCCCGGAGACAAGGUUCCCACCAGCGACGACAUCGCUCACAUGCCGUUCCUGAAGGCCGUCAUCAGAGAGACAUUACGACUGUAUCCAGUGGUGCCGGGAAACGCACGCGUCACCGUGGAGGAUGAGAUCGUUGUUGGCGAUCAUCUGUUUCCUAAGAAGACCCUGUUCCAUCUGUGCCACUACGCCGUGUCCUUCGAUGAGAACACGUUCCCCGAGCCGCUCAGGUUCCUGCCCCAGCGCUGGCUCCGGGGGGCCGAGGAUAAAUCCAAGCAUCACCCCUUCGGCUCCGUGCCCUUCGGGUUCGGGAUCCGGGCGUGUUUAGGGCGGCGGGUGGCUGAACUCGAGAUGUAUCUCCUUCUGUCCAGGCUGAUGAAGGUGUACGAGGUGAGGCCUGACCCCGCUGGGACCACGGUGAAGCCCAUCACCAGAACGCUGCUCUGCCCGGCCAAAGACAUCAACCUGCAGUUCCUGAACAGAACCAGAGCUGGGGCAGAGCCCGGAGUUCCUCUGUGAGCUGUUCCAGUCUCAGUCUCUGUCCCGUCACCAAGCACUUGUUUAGACACAGUUUUACAACACGGCAUUGUCUGGUAUGCACCCAUCCGGAGUCAUAAAACCAAGCUGGGAGGUUCGUGCUGCCGUUAAAACAGUCUCUCUGCGUUAAUACGACAACUUCAUUCUACAAUUUGCACUUUUUCUUUAUCUUUACGUUGACCCUUUAGCUUAAUAAUGUCUAAAUGUAAAUGUAUAUACUGCAGAGUGUUUCUGUAUGUGUCUUUAAAAGGAGUCAAAGCAAUAAAGGCAGUAAAGUCAUAUUUGGAUGGUGACAUCAUCUCUGCACCUGUGGAUUUAAAAUGGAGCAGUCGAGCUGUGAUUUAAGAGGCAGCUUUCUUUUCCAGUUCAGGUUUUUAUUUCUUAUUUUAUGACAGAUCAAGCAGAAACAAGUCCCUUCUCAAUUUGAACUUUAUUUACACCUGAAAGUUUGGUCCACGUAGGUGGAAGAGGCUGCAUUUACUCAUCAGGGAGGAAAGAGGGACUUUAGGAGCUGUUGAAACACCUGAACGGUCUUGGAGAGAAGGAUCAGGGACAAACGCUGAACAAGUGUUGUCUCAUGGAAAUAAACCAGGUUAUAACACCUGGCCAGGUCCACAACAUUCCUGAGAAGGAGAAAGAUGGAAAAGUGCAUCAUUGGGAAAGUCGAGCUUGUGAAUGUACAGAAGAAACUUGUGUUUUUUGCUAGAGAAUGAGUAUUUUUGUUAAAUCCACUGACUCAAAGAUAACAGUCUCCUCUUGUAAUCGUUUCAUCCAGAUGCGCAGAUUACAACAUUUGAUAUAAGGUAUUAUUUGAGAUAUUAGCUUUUAGGCCUUUUCAGGAAGUGAACCCUUAACCUGCACUUAGGGCCAUGCAGGAGAAAAAAUAUUUGAGAGGGGGAGAUUUUUUUUAUGUGCACUUCGAGAAAAAGUUGAAAUUUCGAGAAAAAAGUCGGAAUAUCGCGAUUAAUGUUGAAAUACAAUUUCAAGAAUAAAGUUGAUAUUCCGUGAAUAAAGUCGAAAUUUCGUGAAUAAAGUCGGAAUUUCGAGAAUAAAGUUGAAAUGGAAAUGGAAUCUUCCCUCCUAAAGGGGAGUUUUUCUUGCCACUGUUUGGCUUAAGGUUUUUCUCCCACUAGGGGAGUUUUUACCUGCCAUUGUUUAUGUAAUAACUGCUCGGGGGUUCAUGUUCUGGGUAUGGGUCUCUGGAAAGCGUCUAGAGACAACAAUAAAUAAAAUUGAAUUGAAUUGAAUUGAAAUGCAUUUCGACUUUUUUCUCGAAAUUGUACUUCAACAUUAAUCUCAACAUUUCGACUUUUUUCCUCAACAUUUGGACUUUUUUCCUUGACAUUUCGACUUUAUUCUCAACAUUUCAACUUUUUUCUUCGACAUUUUGACUUUUUUCUCAACAUUUCGACUUUUUUCUCAAAGUGCAUCAUUGGGAAAGUCUCCCGUCCCUUUCUGGUUCUGGUGCCAGAUUCUUGGGACAGAUGAAAAGAAGAUUAACAAGAUGAUUGACUUGUAUUGACCUCAGACCACCAUUGAUUGCAAAUACUUCCUAUCCAGCUAUUAGGAGUAAUCCUUCUGUUCUUAUUAAUCUAGUCUAUUAAGAUGCUGCCAGCCUAUGAAUGUACAGAAGAAACUUGUGUUAUUUGCUAGAGAAUUAGUAUUUUUGUUAAAUCCACUGACUCAAAGAUAACAGUCUCCUCUUGUAAUCGCUUCAUUCUAGAUGCGCUGAUUACAACAUUUGAUAUAAGGUAUUAUUUGAGAUAUUAGCUUUUAGGCCUGUUCAGGAAGUGAACCAUUAACCUGCACUAAGCUCUCGAACCAUUUUAAAGAUGUUUUGUAAUAAGCUGUGUAUAAACGUUGACCAAAUGUCUAAUUUUGUCUGAUAUUUGUUUUGUAAUAAAGGCAGGCAUGUCACAUGUA